AUGUCCGACUUCACUUCUGACGAUAUUAAUCCGUACAACGUUGUGUUGAACUACACUUCUCCUUAUGGCUUCACUCAAGUCACUUUCCAUGAUCUCGACACCAGAGCAAAGACCGUGAUGCAAUACGCUGUUAUCUUUGGUCUGAGAUUGGGCUUUGCUACGGUUCUCUUCCCAAUCAUAUACAUCGUGACCAAGAACAAGAAAACCGUGCUGUUUGUGAUCAACCAGUUGUACAUUGGAACGUUGUUCGUCCACUCCAUAAUGUACAUCUGCACAUUGUUCAAGACUUACUGGUCGUUGACAUACCACUUUUCCGGCUACGAGAUCAACGACAAGUCUGCUCUUGACCUGACCGCCGCAACCAGUAUUGUCUAUGUUAUCUUGAUUGGAUUAUCCACCCUUUCGAUGAGCUACCAGGUCCACAUUGUUUUCCGCGGUCCUUCAAUCUACUACAGAAACAUCGGCUGGUCGGUCGUUGCACUCUCUGGUCUUUUGGGUCUUGCUUCCACUGUUCUGUAUCUUACCUACGCUAUCAUGGCCAACAUCAAUCUUUACAAUUCAAACUAUGUCGUGCCAAUCUGGGUGGUCAAUGCCUCGCAAAUCUGCUACGCCUGCUCAUCGUUCGUCGUGUCCACCAUCUUGGCAUCCAAACUUUUCAUCGCUAUCCGCACCAGAAAGUUCUUGGGACUGAAACAGUUCAGUAUCUUCCACAUACUUUUCAUCAUGUCGUUCCAGACCAUGAUCAUUCCAUCUGUGAUCAUUGUGGCGUCGUUCAAGUCCAUGAGCAGUACCCAGAGCUCCAACCAGUCUCUGAUGGCCAUUGUGACCGCUCUCAUUGGAGUCUCUCUGCCAAUCACAACGAUGUGGGCCAACUCGGCUAUCAAUGAGACCUCUGCCACCUCGAUCUCAAAUACUCACCUGCAGAAGUACAACACCAACACCUCGUACGACGCCAGCACCCAGUCGUCUCCGACCUCGUACAAGUCGUCAGGAGGCAUUUCUGCCGACUGCAAAGACGCUGAGUCAGGAUACUCUCGUUCCAUCACCGAUCCUAGUACCGCAGUCACCGAUAAGAACUUCUGGUCAGAGGUUCAGUACUUGGCCCAUGGCCUGGAGCCUUCGGACUUGGACGCCGAGGACUACGUGCGCGCAACUGUUGAAACUUCAAUUAAUAGCAAACAUAACCAAAUAUAA